CGCUUGGCUCUGCUCCGCUCCGCUCUCCUCCAGCCCUUGCCAGGCCCUUUCCCUGCCCGCAGCAGCUCCUCGGCUGCGCAGCGGCGGCCCGCUCGGCAGCUGCAAGCGACCAGAGAGGCGGCGGCGGCGCCGAGGAUGAAGUGCAAGCCGAACCAGACGCGGACCUACGACCCCGAGGGCUUCAAGAAGCGCGCCGCGUGCCUGUGCUUCCGCAGCGAGCGCGAGGACGAGGUGCUGCUGGUGAGCAGCAGCCGCUACCCCGACCGCUGGAUCGUGCCCGGCGGGGGCUUGGAGCCCGAGGAGGAGCCGGACGGCGCGGCGGUGCGCGAGGUGUACGAGGAAGCGGGAGUCAAGGGGAAGUUGGGCCGGCUGCUGGGAGUCUUCGAGCAGAACCAGGACCGCAAGCACCGGACCUACGUGUUCGUGCUCACCGUCACCGAGCUGCUGGAGGAUUGGGAAGACUCGGUCAACAUCGGCAGGAAGCGAGAAUGGUUCAAGAUCGAAGAUGCCAUCAAGGUCCUCCAGUGCCACAAGCCCGUGCAUGCCGAGUACCUGGAGAAACUGAAGCUGGGCGGCUCCCCGACUAAUGGAAACUCGGCCGCCCCGUCCCAGCCAGAGAGCGAGCCCUAAUGAACAGGAACCAUGCUCAAGAUUACACUGAAGUAAAAUCAUUGAUGUGAAUCCAGUAUUCAGUGGUAUUUUCAAGUUCACCGGAGUACUUUUAAGGUUCCCAAGGAGACCACUCAUCUGGUUUUCCUUCUACAUCUUGGAACACUCCUCCGUCUGUUUUACCAACAUUUUUGCUCUGGUUGUUGUACUAUUGUAUGUGAGCGGACUUAAUUCAGCACCUAUAGCCUUUUGUUGUGCUUUACUGAUGUGUCUGCCUUGUUCAUUAGACUAUUAUCUUUGAGAGCAACGACUAUUUUUCCUUAACUCUACGUAGCCUGCAUCCAAGACACUACUUGAAAUAUGGUUGGCAUCACUGGAGGUCUUUGAUUCAAUUCAUAUUUUGUAAUCUCUUUGUGGCAAACAUUUCCCUCCCAAUCUGGUGCUAGGAGAGUGUCUGCUGUCUAAGCACCAUGUGUGUGGCUUGUGUGUAACAGGUGUUUCGUAAUCAUUGCAGGACAGGUGGAGAUGAUCACCGAGAAGCAUUAGCACUCAUUCCUGUGUCAUACCAUACAUUGGCUGGCACAGUUUUAAUACUGUGCCAUCAUUUAGAGUAACAUUUUAUAGAGUUAGUCCUUCAUGUAACAACUUUAGUGUUUUUGUACUGUUAUUAAUUUGCUUAAAAUUCUAUUCAGAAGUAUCACUUGCUAUAAAGGUAAUUGUAAAAACACUACAAUCAAAUCCUAUUGUGAGUUUUUAUAAAAGUAAAUUUUAAAGUAAUAUACAAAUAAUACAUUUAAUUUUUUGCAAUGCUCUAUCUACUUCUUAAAUGUCAACAUUUCCUUGCAGAAAAUGCUGGGUUUUUUUAUUUUAAAGAUUCAAUAUUCUGUAAUAUUUAAUGGUGAACACAAAGAAAAGCUGCUUUUAAAGCAGUUUUUCAGACCUAUUUAUGCCAUUUAGUUGCCUAAGUGUCUUUUGCCUCUCACUGUUUCAGUUGGCUGCGGUUCUCAUCCCUUUUCUAGUACACCCAACUAGCUUCUGGGUACCACAUGCUUUCUGCAUGUAAAAUCGCAAAAGGCUGAGAGGGCUAAAUUGGUGUCACUUAGAAAGGCUUCAGGGAAAAAGACUGCUGUAAAGGGGAACACAAGAAGAAGAAUUUAAAUGAGGGAGCUUGGGUCAACUCUUCCCAGAAGAAGAGGUUUAUGGCAAAGACAUGGAAAUUUCACGGCGUUUUGCCACAGGGUGUGUGAUGUCAUUACUCUUUCUCAGCUCACUACAAGGGUUCCAAAGAGGUUCUAAUAUGGUUGUUGUGUUUUACCAUUAUAAACCAUUAUGUUGGGAAAGGCUUGAACUCCAGUUUAGUGUUAACACCCUUCCUCGUGCCGGUGAAAUGUAUUGUGUCCCCAUAUCUUACAGACUUUGAAAUAAAACUACAUCUUAUCAUUUACUGGAGUUUCUACUUGUGAUAUGUACUGUGGUUUUGCUUACUAAAGAAACCCUUAUCGUUUAGAGAACUGUACUGAAAAUUUACAGAUACGCUACUGUGAAUUGCUUCAAUAUAAUCAGGGUGGUAUAAGUUUGUAUAUAGAUGAAGCAAGAUUGGCUCUGAUUUGAUAAUCGUUGAAGCUGUGUGAUAGAUGUUUGAGAAUUCAUUAUUCUCUAUACUUUUGUAUAUGUUUGAAAUUUUCCAUAAUAAAAAUUGCAAAGAUGUA